AUGAGCGAGAAGGGACCGCCGAUGACAAUCCAGCGCCCGGCGGCCCACGCGCCAGACUAUGUGGCAUACUGCAGCCUUGUGCUAGUCGACAAGUACGGCGAGCAGACCAAGGCGCCGUCCAAGGAGCUGCUUCUCGCGUCCACGGAGGCGUACGUCGAGUACUCGCGCGACGGCCGCGUCGUCAAGGCUAGCAUCGCACGAAAGAGGUGCGAGGACGCUCCCUAGAUUAGGCAUAGAGCAGCUCGGGCCAGACAGCCAGAUGCACUUGUGAAGAACGGAAUCCAACGUCGUCGGCUCGGUUGACGCAGCCGACGUAGCAUUAUCCAAGCCAUUGGCCCAAGCUUGCCUCUCGGUGCUCUACUGGCACGCAGGCAUAUACGAAGACUACCUCAUCUACCAUCACGAUGGCAGUCGACGAUCGUCAGUUGCGGAGUCGUCUUUGGAAGAUUCGACAAGCCAAAGUGCAAAGUGGAAAUAAAAAUGCUUUCGCUAUAUGAACCAUAUCCUA